CCCGUCUAUAUUGUGACGUUAACAAUGGACCAUUGACGUUCUACACAAUAAACAACAUUAGUAUGUAUAAGCCAUAAAUGUCCCUUUGGCAGCAAGAGGGCUAGACGAACGUCAAGCUCAAAUAUUUACUGUUGGCUGUUAGCGAAAGUAUGGAAUUUGGUAAAAUGCUUUACUAUGUUACUGGUUUGAUAUUGGGAUCCAUUGUGUUGUCGUCUGCAUGCAAACUUUCCAUUGCCGAUACAAACGGGAGACUGGUCACUAAUCAAAUGCUUGCAAAUAGAAUCCUGACAAUAGAGACCGCGAUGAAAGAAAAACUUAAAAGCCAUGUAGACAUGCUCAAAACAAUUAUGGAAAAGUCGUCAAAUGAUCAUGAAGAUCCACUUCCACAUGAUAUGUGUUUGGAAGAUGUGGCGCUCCGGAAAAUGUCAGGUCAGAGUUCAAGAUUUUACCAUUUUACCCCCAGCCUUGGGAAUGACGGCAAUACCAAUACAUUUUUCCAUACGUCUCUUCAAAGGAAUCCAUAUUGGUGGGUAGACCUCGGAUCUUUCUACAAAAUUCAUCAUGUUGAAAUUUGGAAUAGAGUAUCUGCCGGUAAUAGACUCCGUGCAUUGACUAUUUCGGUUGGUCCAACUUUAGCAAAGGCACGGUCGAGAUGUGCUUAUUAUAGAGGCCCGGCUAAAAAUGGACAGCAUCUUAUUUUGAAGUGCAGCAAUAAAACUCCUAAAGGACGGGUAGUCAAGCUUUCUAUAAGCACCUGGAAGAACUACAUGCAUUUAGCGGAAGUUAAGGUGUUUGCAUAUAAAAAGAAUUGUUUGCCAAAAGAGGAAUCAUUUAUGCUCUGAUAUCAAGUAUUAUGAUACUUUUUUUGUUGCUACCAUUAUCUUAUUAAAGAUUAAUAUGCUCUU